UCAGCCACUCGACCUGUUUUCUCUCUCAAAUCAAAACUCACUCGCCCCUAUUACGAAUUCCAUCUCUCCCAAAUUACCCGCCAAAACCUAUAUAUAAUUAUACUUUCCAUAUCCCUUCCCCUUCUUUCUUUUUCAAAUCUUUUCCUCCUUCUUCGUCUUCCCUCCUCCAUCCCUCUCUCUCCCCUCUCUAGGGUUUUCUUCCUUACCUCCCUUUCUCUCCCAUUCAUCUCGCUCUUCACAGCCUCGCUGCUCGAUUGCGCUUCUUGGAUUUGAGUCUCGGCCAUGGAAUUGACGAUGGUUGCUGAGGGGACGGAACCGCCGGAGGAGAAGCGAUCCGAGGGCCUGCCAGUGAAAAGGCCGAUUGAGAAUGGUGGGGGUGAGGAAUUGGCCAAGAAGCCUAAGGUUGAAGCUGCUGCUGCUGCGUCUAGCGGGGAGUUCAAGAGGGUGGCGGAGAUUGUGCUGGUUUUGUCGACUAUGGCGGCAAUGCGAGGCGGGAAGAAGCCGACUAAUGUGGAGAUUGAGUUGAUGAAGGAGGCGAGGAUGAAGUUGGUGGAAUUGUGUCAAGGGAUGGCUCCCAAGGACAUUGUGGCGAGGGAAGCUGUGGGGACUGUGAUUGAGGAUCUUGGAUUGAACGGGAAGAUUAACGAUCAGAGAUUAGGGUUUCAAAGUCCAAAGAUGUCUAUAAGCGAAAGGUUAUCGCUCUCUAAGUUGAAGAUGGAAGAAUCAAAGAAGUUUCCUGAACAUUCUACUCCAUCUACUUCUCAGCCGUUGCAAACAAGCAUGGGCGGAAUGUUUCCGUUGGACAAACCAAGCCACACAGGACACUCUGCUUCUGGUACCAUAGCUUCUCCUCCUGUGAUUCAUAUUUCUGCAGGAUCUUCUGCUGCUUUGCAAUAUCAAUCAACUACUAGUGAAGUAAAACCUUCUAUAGUUUCUGGUGGAAUGCCUAGUAGUCACUUGGGUAGAAAUUCAUCUUCAUUAGCAUUGCCUAAGGUCGAACAACCACAGUUCAAAGUUGAUGGAGGAUCAAGUGGGCCUUAUUUGCUGCAUGCUCAGGCGAACUCUUCAUUAAACCAACCCUUGGUGAAUGCUCCAACAUGGUCGAUACAAACUCAAACUCAACCUGCCUCAUUAGCUAGAAGUACACCAGAAAACAAAGUGACUGGACAUAACUCUGUCAAGUUUGAGGGAAUGGGUGACCUAACUGGGCCCAGACCAGCUUCACAAAUAGCAAGGGAUCAGACCUUUAGACCUUUAGUAACUCAAACAGCACCUGGAAAUUUGUCUAGCUUGCACCAGCCAUUGCAGGGCAUGAACAUUGGUCAGCCUUCUUCACUUUCUAGCAAUCACACUGAAAUUGCUAAGAUUGUCCAGAAACUGUUACAACCAAAGCUUCCUGAGCAUCCCACGUGGACUCCUCCAUCAAGGGAUUAUAUGAACAAAGCAUUUACUUGCCAGAUGUGUGAUCUCACUGUCAAUGAAGUGGAUACUGUUCUUCUUUGUGAUGCUUGUGAAAAAGGGUUUCACUUGAAAUGUUUGCAGCCAUCACUUUUGAGAGGAAUUCCUAGGGGUGAGUGGCAUUGCAUGAGGUGCUUGACAUUAAGUGGUGGAAAGCCUUUGCCUCCAAAAUAUGGUCGUGUCAUGAGGUCCCCGAACACUCCACCAAAACUGCCCUCUAACACAGGUGGAGUCCAACCAUCCUUAGAGAAGAAAGCUGGAGUUGCAGCUCCAAACGUCAGCUCACAGGAGUUAACAGCAAAUGGAGGCUCUGUUUCAACUGAUGCUAUCAGUAACAAUAAAGAUGCUGAGCUUCCAUCUGUCUCAAAGAUCCCUGAUACAAAAGAAAUGCAAGAUAAUAUUCAUUCAUCCAGCAGCAAACAUAUGGAUGAGAAGCCUGACCCAAACAUCUCAAUAAAAUCCCUUGGUGCCACUUAUGAGCCAUCUGUAGGCUUGGCAGGUGAAAGUUCUGCUGAACAAAUAAUUUCUGAGCCAUCUACCUCUAAGGAGAGAACCUUUGCUCCAGAAUCAGAAGUGCUUCCUCAAUUAACUGAAUCAGUUAAGCCUAACAAUUUGCAAUUGUCCAAAAAUGUACAAGUUGAACUGACACCACCAUCAAGCAAUGUUGAAGUUUCAUUAUAUAAACAUGUUGACAAUAGUUUGACAGAUAAUAACAGAAAGGAAUCUCAUGGGGGAGAAAGUUUGAUAUAUGAUAUCAAACGUGAUGACCAAUAUGUUGCACUAGCAAAUUCUGAUAAAAGUUCUGGAACACACGCUGAAGGUAGACAUUGCACUGCGUUAUAUUCAGAUGGCUUACAUGCAGUAGAAUGGGUUGGUGAUCUUGUACAACUUGUAGAAGAGAAAAGGUUUUACCAAUCUUGCCGAGUUAAUGGAGUUACAUAUAGGCUGCAGGAUCAUGCUCUUUUUAAGUCCAGUCAUGGCAAGUUAAUUCCAUCUAAACUGCGGUCUAUGUUUGAAGAUAGCAAAACUGGGUUGAAGUGGGUAAAUGUGACAAAGUGCUACUUUCCUGGUGAUUUACCAGGGAAUAUCCCUCAUCCAUGUAUAUCUGAAGUCAAUGAGGUUUAUGAAUCUAAUAGCGAUAGAACUGAAAUGGCUGGCUCCAUUCAAGGCCCCUGUGAAGUCCUCCCAUCUGAUAAAUUUCAACAAGAAAACAAUAGACGGAGAGAAUUAGAACCUGGGGAAAGUGCUAGACUUCGACCAAUUUUCCUAUGCAGAUGGUUCUAUGAUGGAGUCAAAAAAUUAUUUCAGCCUGUUACCAGUUGAUGCUGUACUGGGCACCAAGAUUCUCCUUCGCUUGGCUAUUCCAUGGGAAAAGACGUUUCGAAAGCUUAAUUAUGAUGUUUCAUGAUUCAUUUUUAACCUAUUGUUUGAGUUGGAUCGGGAAACUUAGCCCAUUUGGGAUUGCUAUGGAUUUUCGCUUAAAGAUAGAAUUCUAUAUGUAAAAUUAUUAAUAUUACUCUGUUUGACAAAUCUUUCAAAGAAAGUGCUUCGUCCUUGUCAAAUUGCUAAAAGGGCUUGUAUAUGAAGGGUUAGAGAUGAUUAUAAUAAUUUAAGUAUUGGGUGGGGUUAUUUAUAUACGUGUGUCUAAUGUCUCUCUCUCUAUAUAUAUAUGUCUAUAUGUAUACUUUGAUUCUGUUUAUUCUUCGAAGAAGUUGCAAUUUCUGCUUCUCUCUUACAGCAGAGAACUAUUUGGUGAUAUAGUCUGGUGCGAUUAAUCACUGGAUACAUUGAAGUAUGUAUACUUGCAGUUUAAGAAGUAUCCAGCUGCAUUCCUACUGAAGUAUGAUGCCUGGAUAAAUGAAGCCUUUAAUAUAAUAUAAAAAAAUUUAUUGAAGGGGUCCCUUUUUACUAUUCUAAACCCUUUACACACAUAUCAGGGGGUGGCAGACCAGAAAUUUAUCCAUCCAAAAGUAAAUGAAAACGAGAAAAAAUUGUUGCACGAACAGACUUAAUUGUGCAUUUCAUUUAGAUUUGCAGGGGCAAGAAGUUAUUUUGCAUUUGGGCUUUUCCUAAUGAAGCUGAGAACAAGAAUACUUCCUCUCCUCUUUUGCUAAUAGAAUCUUUCUGCUCUUUGAUUUGCUUAUAGCCAUGUACCAGAACACUAGGCUAAAAUUUUAUUUGAUUGGUGUGGUAGGGAUCUCUAAUUCUGGCUUGUAACUUUCGUGUCCUGGUUGAUAUCCUUGGUUUCAAUGUUACUAGUGACGAUGAUCCUAACUCUUGCUAUUUGUGUCCAUGC